CCUGCUCCCUAAUGAUUCUGGCUCUCAUACAGCAGCUGCCUGCUAGUCUCUUUUGUAUGGCCUAUUGUUGCUGCACACCCCUCGUUAAUACACAUGCUGCCCGGGGCAGACCCUGAGAAUGACAUCAACUUGCUUAUCUUAGAAACCUCCAAACCUGAUGCAGGGUGGGGAGGUUGCCUUGCAUCUGCCUGGCCAACUAAUUGUGAGCUGUGCGGGUUGUGAUUGGCUCUGAUGCUGCUCGGCAAUAGGUUGAGCAAAGACAUUGCGGGUCCAUCUGUUCAUCCAUUCAUUGUUCUGCUUGCUUGCCUGAAGUCUGCAGCCGAAAUCGCGUUAAGGGGUUGCUUCUGGAACAGCUACAAGAAGCCAAUGUCUGUGUGUUUUCCAGCGAACGAAUACGGAACACUUUAUAUUCAGGAAUACAAGAAAAACAGCAAAGUGGAGUCAAGUACAUGCAGCAGCUUCAUGGGCUUGAAGGAUCAUCUGGGGCAUGAUUUAGGCCAUCUGUAUGUGGGGAGCACUGGCACGCAAAUAAAUGCAAUUGUACCUUGGUCAGUGGCAGAGAAGCCAACGAUGGAUAAGGUUAAUUCUAGGAAGGAGGAUGCAGACGAGAAGGCAUCUGAAGAAACAUCUGGAAGCUCCAGCUGUGACUCUGAAGAAAGCACAAAUUCUGAUAAUGAGUCGGAGAGACUGAAUAAUACUGCAUCAGAAUCACAUUUGUUGCCUAAGACUCACCGACAACUGUGCCGAUCUCCUUGCUUAGAGCCUCAUAUAUUAAAAAGAAAUGAAAUUUUGCAAGACUUGAGGAUAGAAGAGGCUCAAAUAGUACCUAAAGAAGUCAAAAAGCCCCCUGAUGUGGUGAAAGAAUAUCAAACCAAACUGGAGUUUGCACUGAAGUUGGGUUACUCUGAAGAACAGGUUCAACUUGUAUUAAAUAAACUUGGUACUGAUGCUUUAAUAAAUGAUAUUUUGGGAGAACUUGUCAAACUUGGAAAUAAAACUGAGACUGAUCAGACUGUAAGUAAUGCUAACACUAGUGUAAUGCGUGAAGCGUCUUCCAUGGAGUCUCAGAGGUCAGAGUCUCCACUGCAGGAGGAUGUGACAGAGGAUGGUGACAACCUGAGGCCAGUAGUUAUUGAUGGCAGCAAUGUGGCAAUGAGCCAUGGGAACAAAGAAGUAUUUUCUUGUCGAGGAAUAAAAUUGGCAGUAGACUGGUUUUUGGAAAGAGGCCACAAGGAUGUUACAGUGUUUGUGCCAGCAUGGAGGAAAGAACAGUCGAGACCUGACGCUCUUAUCACAGACCAAGAAAUCUUGCGUAAAUUAGAAAAGGAGAAGAUUCUUGUGUUCACACCAUCCCGUCGAGUACAAGGAAGAAGGGUGGUAUGCUACGAUGACCGAUUUAUAGUGAAGUUGGCUUUUGAGUCAGAUGGCAUCAUUGUUUCUAAUGAUAACUACAGGGAUCUAGCUAAUGAAAAGCCAGAAUGGAAGAAGUUCAUAGAUGAACGCUUGCUGAUGUAUUCAUUUGUUAAUGACAAAUUUAUGCCUCCUGAUGAUCCUCUUGGCCGCCAUGGCCCAAGUCUGGACAAUUUUCUUAGAAAGAAGCCUAUUGUACCAGAACAUAAGAAGCAACCAUGUCCGUAUGGGAAGAAAUGUACCUAUGGACACAAAUGCAAAUACUAUCAUCCAGAAAGAGGAAAUCAGCCUCAGCGAUCUGUAGCUGAUGAACUUCGUGCCAUGUCUAGAAGCACAGCUGCCAAAACUACAAGUGAAGGAGGACUGGUAAAAAGCAAUAGUGUUCCCUGUAGCACGAAGAAUGAUGGCACUUCUGAGCUGAAGCGUGCUGCUCCAAAGAGGCAAUCGGAUCCUAGUAUAAGGACUCAAGUCUAUCAAGACUUGGAGGAAAAGCUUCCCACCAAAAACAAAUUGGAAACCAGGUCUGUACCUUCUUUAGUUAGUAUACCAAGUUCCUCUGCUGCAAAACCCCAAAGUACUGCACCUUUAGUCAACGGCCUUCCAUCUGGAGUUCACUUCCCACCUCAGGAUCAAAGACCACAGGGACAGUAUGCUACAGUGAUGAUGGCAACCAAAAAUCACGGAACGCCAAUGCCUUAUGACCAGUAUCCAAAAUGUGAGUCUCCUGUGGACGUAGGGUAUUACUCUAUGCUGAAUGCAUAUUCAAAUCUAAGUAUAUCUGGUUCACGUAGUCCUGAAAGGCGCUUCUCCUUGGACACAGAUUACAGGAUUAGCUCUGUAGCUUCUGACUGCAGUAGUGAAGGGAGUGUGAGCUGUGGUAGUAGUGAUUCCUAUGUGGGCUACAGCGAUCGCUCUUACGUGAGUUCGCCUGACCCACAGCUGGAAGAGAACUUGAAGUGUCAGCAUAUGCACCCCCAUGGUCGCCUUAACUCUCAGCCCUUCUUACAGAGCUACCACGAGCCUCUAACACGAAUGCAAAGUUAUAGUCAUGAAGAACCAAAGCAUCACCACAAACCUCCAAUUCCAUACAUGGCUGUGCAUCUACAGCAUCCAACAGUCGGUGCUCGUUCUAGUUGUCCAAACGACUACUCUACAUCUCAGAGUCCAGCACAUUCAAAAACCAUGCAUCUGGGGAGAGCCCUCGUGUCCACAAGAAUAGACAGCAUUUCAGAUUCGCGUUUAUAUGAUAAUUCUCCGUUAAGACAUAGAAAGCCUUAUUCUGGCCAAGAUGGGCUUGGAAGUUGGGAUAGGCCAAAUUACGGAAUCGAUGCGUAUGGCUAUCGUCAGACCUACUCUUUACCUAGUAACCCCACUCAGCCGUGUUACGAGCAAUUUGCCUUCCAAAGCUUACCUGAACAGCAGGACCAGACUUGGCGCGUACCUUACUGUGGAAUCCCUCAAGACCCUCCAAGGCAUCAAGACACCAGGGAGAAGGUUUACAUAAACCUGUGCAACAUCUUCCCCCCUGAUCUUGUGAGAAUUGUUAUGAAGAAGAACCCUCACGUGACAGAUGCUCAGCAGCUCGCUGCAGCUAUUUUAGUGGAAAAAUCUCAGCUAGGUUAUUGAAAGAUGAUGCAUCUUUGUGGUGUCUAGUAGUUUUCAGUUCAGCUCUAAUGCUGAGGGAGGUUUGCUACAAUAGCAUUUGGGAUCUCCUUCUCAGCAAGGAGGUUAUAUAGUAAUCCAUUUAUGUGAAAUACUGUAUCAUGGAGUCUGUAUGUAUAGCCCCAUGCAUUGAAAGUAACUGAUGAAUUUUAUGUUCUAGUUUGAAAAAUUUUAAAUGGCUAUAUUCAUGGCUGGAGAAUGUUCCAGUUUAAAUUAAUAUAUAUAUAUAUAAACAUAUAUAUAUAUAUGUAUAAACAUAUAUAUAUGUGUAAGUAUAUAUAUAUGAAAAGUCUGUGGUCUCUGGUUAUAAUCUUUGGUGCAUCAGGGGUUUAUAUGCAGCACUUUCUAUAUCCUUGUUACAUGUUGUUGGGAUUUUUGGGUUUUUGGGUUUUUUUAAACUUGCUGGAUGUUUGUCCUUGCUCUGCGUGGCAUUAAAACGACCUGCAGAAAGAGGAUUUUGCUACUUCUGGCAAACAAUUUUCAAGCCAAGUUUUUGAACUUUUUACAACAACAUAAAUAUGUUUGUUUGUUUGUUUUGUGGACUUUUUUGUGCUAUAAUCAUCUAUUUAUAGAAAACAAAGAUUUACUACAGCACUGACUUUAUUUUUUAAACAAGUUACCAGUUAAUGGUGAAAUGGGUAACAAUAUAUUAGUAAUUUAUAGUAUGGCACUUUUCAUUGCUUGUUCUGUUUUGUUUGAAUAGUUACAUGUUUUGUUAUGCAGUUGAUUAGUAAGAUCAGAUGCAAUCAGAGGGAAAAAAAUCUUUUUUACAAAUUUAUGGACAAGGUGAAAGCCUUAUUGCCUGAUUUUCAAAGGUGCUGAGAAUUUGCAGCUCCCUUUGAACCUCAUAGAAACUGCAAAUGCUCAGAACUUGCUAAAAGCAGGCUGCCCUGUUUCAAUUCCCAUAUGUUGUUAUCUAGCUGUGUGUAUUUCUGGUCAGUAGAAAUGGGCCUGAAAUCUUAGGCUUCCAUUUAGUUGUUUUAUGUCUUUUUCUUUGUAUUGCUGCACAAGUAUACUGGAUAAAAUAUGCUUUUCAUAAAAUAUUUACCUGUUUUUAAAUAAUUUAAUUAUCUCAAUGCAAGUUUUGUAUUUAAGAUACUGUUCGAUUUUCUUGCUAUUUAUCAAGGCUGGCCUGAAAAGGUUGUGUGUGUUGAGGAUAUGCAACAUUUAUUAACUGCACUAUGGUAAUGAUAUUGUAGCUGAAAAUAUUAACUUAAACCUUUUUUUCUUUCUGUUUUGGUUGGGGAUGGGGGAGGAAGGGGUUGGGGGGAGAUAAAAUACUGUAUAUGUUCCUGAAGUUAGUUUUUGGCCUGUCAUAUCAUGUAGGCCUAAUUCUUGCCACAAAUAGUGUAGUUUUAGAAACAGACAAAACAGUCUGUUUUAGUACUAGUAAGGGAUAUUUCUGGUUUCAAGUCAUGGGUUUUACUAGCACCUCGUAAACUUUUUUUAUAUUAUAAAAAUAGAUUUUGCAAUUGAUGACAGAUGUAUUUAUGUGACAUAGUCAGUUGCCUACAGUUUUAGGUUUCCAUGCAUUGUAAUGUUGUUAGUGUUAAAAAUCACUAGUUUACAAUGUUACUGCUGAUAAUUUUGGUACACUUGCUGGAAUAUAAAGUAAGGCCCUGAAGAACCAGGAAGUACCUUUUACUGUUGAUACAAAUUGUAUCUUUUAAACUGAGAACUAUUUUGAUUUGUAGAUCUAGUGGAAACACAAAUGUGUAACUAUAAUUAGUCUUUUGGGCAACAUUUUAUCCCUUAUUUAAAAAUUAUAGAUUUCAGACAUAGAAUAAAAGUUAGGCAAUUAAAAAUAGUUAUUUAUUUAGGUGUCUGUCUCAAUUUUACAUGCUAAGAAGAAAAAGAAACUAUUGGCAUCUUCUUCCUUCUAAAAUCUUUGUAGUAUAAACUCACUAAAAUAAAGGUAAAAUGCUGCCUGAAAAUUAUGUCCAAGCACCUUUGAAUAGGAAGACAUUUUCACUACUUGUGCGACACCAUGUGUUGCAACGAGUAGGAUUUGGGUGUACAGUAAAUGCUUCUAAAAAGCAUUGUGCUUAUAGACAUAUCCAAUAAUCUGAACCAUGUUCAGCAAACUAAUUCAGGAAGUAGUGUUCUAUACAGCUUUUACUGUUGAGUUGGUGUGGGAUCUGCAUUCAUCUGUCCCUGUGACAGUACAGGAGGUGCUGUGCGUAAUCUGUCCUGCGUUGUGUAGGGAGAGGAGCGGUUCACUUGUGACAAUAGUUUUCCCUUGAUUUGGUUGGUCGCUAUCUGUAGAACAUGUCUUAAUGUAGAGGCUGAUACAGCACUGACGCUGAGGUUGUGGAUGGUAAAUGGAUCUCAUCUUAGUUGUAUGCGAAGACUUUUUUUGAUUGAAUUACACUUAAGUACUACACCAUAGUGUAGAUACAGCUGUUUUAAUAAUGCAAUUAUAUUUAUGUUUUUAAAAGAUGAGUUUCUACAUUUAUUUUUUAUGUAGGAAUUUACUUCUGCCAAAAGUUGAAUUCCUUUAAACCUGAACAGAAAUAUAAGUAUGUAAUAGAGGCAUUUUAUCUUUUUCCUUAUCACAUUAGCAUCAGAAUGCUUCCUACUAUAUACAUGUAGCAGUCUGGCUUAGAGCAUUCAGUCAGCAGGCCUAGCCAUGUUGUUAAAACUGUGAGAGGAGACGCAUGGGACUGCGUGCCGACGUGCCCGGUUCCGAGUUAUCAGUAUUGAUUGUCUCCCUGUGUGUUUAAUGCAGUAUUGAAUCCCUGAAAGUGUGUUGAUUGCUAGAGAAUUCUUAAAAUACGUUAAGUUCUGUGCUUUGUACUAGAGCACUAAAAAUGCUCUAAAAGUAUAAGAACAGGAGUUAUUUGGUGGUUUUAAAUGUUGUGCAAUGAUGUGCUAGUUCCCCUUAAAAUAUGUUACGUUGGGUAAAGAAAAUUUACUGUGGACAAAAUAAGGGCCUUGAUAUUUCCUUUGUUGUUGUUGUGAGUGAUAGAGAGAAGGAGCAGUUGUCUGUGAGCUUCUUCCAGGAUGAAGAGAUCAGUCUAUAUAUUUAACAGCCUGUAAAGGGGACACCAGUAAUGAACAUGAAAGUGAUAAUACUGGUCAGAUGUUAAUUUGUUUUGUGUAAUUGCAUUGAUGCAAAUAACAGAGAUGUAACAUCACAUUUUUCCUAAACAGUAAAAGAUAAUUCAUUGAUCUUGCCUUCGCUCUAAUCGAGUGCUAGAAUUUCAGUUAGGAAUAAAGUACCUUAAAGAUAGGCCUGCCCCAUGACUAAAAAGAGGGCGGCACUUUCCCCUGUCUGUGGUACUUGAGAAUUGUUUUGAUAGUUACCAGAAACUCUGUAUUUUUAAAUACGAUCCCAAGCUAUUAUUAGCUACAUGAGUAAUGGUAUGUAGAUAUACAGUAUUUUGAAUGCACAUUUGUAUUAGGCAUCUGCCCACACUGUUUUGUAUAACAGUGCCUUGCCAAUAUUUAGCGUUUUAAAUAUGUCCCAUGAAUAGUUACUUUAAUGAGCUAAAUGUGCCCAGGCAACCUUUUUCCCUGAUGACUCCGUUCUUUUGAACAGAAUUACCCAGAACUAAACUCAGCUCUUAUUUUAGAGCAAAGCUGUGACAGUGUUAAUCACUACGUUGUCUUAUAUAUAUAUACACACACACCAUGAACCUACUUGCCAACUACGGCUAAUAGUCUAAGGUAAGAUCAUAUCUUUUCAGAUAUCCUGUUUUGUUUGGUAUGUCUGAGUUGUAACUCAGUCCUCCACUGCAAAAUAGGUUUUGGGAGAGCCAAAAGUCUGAUAUAUUUGUGUAAUGCUCCCAUGAGAAGUCAUGUCAAUCUGGAGAAGCCCUUGAUGGGGUCUUUUGCAGCCUUUGAGUAGGUGGACUGUUGUCGAGUUGUUGACAUUCUUCUGCUGUGAAACUAAUGGUCAAUGGUGAAUGCUUUUCUGGAAAAUCAAACCUGUCAGUGUAAACCAGAGUACCUCACUUGGAACAGAAAGCUGGUGGCUUUUGCCCCAGCAAGGUGACAGAUGGAGAAGUAAAUGCCUUGCGUGAGAGAUACCACAGUAUCUUGCCACAGUAAGAGACCACCAAAACAUGUAUCAGUUUUAUCGGCUGAAGGUUUGACCAAGAUAUUUUUGAUGUGUAAAGCUUGAAAAAAUGAGACACAAUGCUUUCAUGUUAUCUAGAGCAUUUAGAAUGAUACCCAACUGACUUUGCAUUGCUACUGAAAAAUAAAAUACUGUGCAAUUAAAGAGACCAUUUUUAUUAAAUAUAAUUUAGAAAUUAUUUAUUUUGAUUUACAGUGUGACUCUUGCUAAUUUAUUCCUUGCAUCGUUAGGGUGUGGUGGAGUGUCAUUUAUAUUUUUUAUUUAGUAUAGGAAUGAAAACCAUCAGUAUGAAAAAACAAUAGAUUAAAGCUUAAAAUAAAACAAAACCCUGUGACCUUGUUUUGUUUUUUAUAAAAGGGCUAAGGUUUUAUAAAUGUCAAAUCAUGCAUUUUAUAUACUUUGUAAAUUACAGAGAACUUUGGAAGCUACAGUGUAGUUUAAGAAAUUUGUUUGAAUUAAAUAAAAAUAUAUGUGCACAUUGUUUAGACUAAACAUGUAACUGAUCCUGAAAUCAUCUGUGUUAAAUGAUUGUUCCAGCUAACCUUUGGCUAGAUAACACAGGGUAUAUUCAGACUUCAUGUUUAGAUGUUUUAGAAUAAUUUCAUAUAUUUCAUGUACCUCUUAAGAGUUCAUCAGAAACUGAUGAUCUAAUCAUCUAAUCACACAUAAAAUAUCUGUACACAUGUGAAUUAUACUACUGUAUGUUGGGUUUUCUUUGCAGUGCAUUAGAAGAUAACACACGGGUAUGUGUGAAAUAUGUAGUAGCUAUUUAUAAAGGCACUGUCAAAUACAGUGUGUUGUUAAUAGUUAUAAGUAUGCUUUAAAUCAUUUUCUAGCUUCCAUUUUCAAUUCUUAAAGGGUUGUCGUAAUUUUUGUUUGAAUUGUUCGUUGCUGUAUCUACCCUUUAACCUCUCAAGUUUAGGUGACUGUAACAGUCUCUGCGCCCUGUGAGGAUCUUGGACUUCGGUCUUGAGACAGUUUGUUCCUCUCUUAGAUUUAGAAAUAGCCAUUUGAGGGCACAAUCUCUCAAAUGCUUAUGCAUAUGUCUGACUUUGGUACAAGUACUUGCUUUGGCUGAUUUCAGUGGAAUUGGAGAACACAUGAAUAAAAGCAGGCAUGUGUGUAAGUGUUGGAGGAAUCACGGCCCUGAGUCUGCCUGUAUUUGCAACACAACCAGGUAGCAGUCUGCUUCCAUAGAGGGGUAACAUUUCAUUGGUGCUGACAAAUCAUUUGGCACGGAUUGCAGUUUGUGGUCAUUUGAAAACAGUGUAGAAACCAUAUCUAUUUAGGAAUUUAAGCACAUUGGUGCUCAGUGUUUCAAAGGUGUGAUAAUCUACCCUUCAUCUUGUGAGACAAAAACCUCCAUCUUUUGUAAAACAAUGUUUUUUUGUGUGUGUCUCAGAUGAAGUCUAAUUUAACAAGUUAGGUUGGCUGGUUGGUUGUUUUUUACUUAUCUGAAUGCCAUUCUUAAUGAAACUGAUUUUACCAACGUAUUACAGAACAUCACGCAAGGAAAUAGAAAUGCAGAUACAACAGCAAUAAUUGUGUUUUGUAGUUCUUUUUCCCUUCAUUACCUCUGUACCUUGUAUUAAGUAGGAGAGAUUUUAAUAUUGUCCUGAAGGUCCACUCUGGCAAAAACAAUAGUUAAAAAUCAUGUUUGGACUACGUGAUAAAGUAAUUGUCAAACUUGCUUCAUUCCUUCACUGGUUGUUCUGUAUUAUUUCUGUGAUGUGACUAUUCACAUCUUAAAAUCACCUCUUAAACCAUACAAAAAUACUUGUACAUGGAUUCUGCUUUUAGAGAAAAAAAUAAAGAUUCAUUUUCCUCA